UGUGAAGUUACAAAAUCACGGUUCUUUCGUUGGUACAUAACCUUGAAUCUCAUUCUCCUAUUACCUCAUCAAAUUAGUUCACCAAAAAGACAAAGGCUAGAUUAUUCACCACCGCGAUGUACCAAACAUGGAACUCUAGGAAACAACUAUUCACUUCACAUUACCAUAAAAUCCCUCCAGCAAUCCGAAACUCUCUUCAGUGGACCCAAAACUGCACUACCCCAAUAAGUCAACCAUUUCAACCGAAGGGUCCGUCAAUCUUAGCCACAAAUCUCAUCAAAUCAUACUUCGAGAUAGGCUUAAUCAGAGAAGCCCAUACGUUGUUCGAUGAAAUGCCCGAAAGAGAUGUAGUUGCGUGGACGGCCAUGAUUGCUGGUUACACCUCCUGCAACUAUUACACCCGCGCAUGGUCACUGUUCUGUGAAAUGAUGAGGGAGUGUCCAGAUCACCCAAAUGAUUUUACAUUGUCUAGUUCAUUGAAGGCUUGUAAAGGCAUGAAGUCACUGUCUUGUGGUACUUUGGUCCAUGGAUUGGCUAUUAAAGAUGGUAUGGACGGUCGCCUAUACGUUGAUAAUGCUCUCUUGGACAUGUAUGCCAUGUGUAGUGUUAGUAUGGACGAAGCAUGCAUGGUUUUCCAUAACAUUACCGUAAAAAAUGCGGUGUCAUGGACUACGUUGAUCACCGGAUACACUCACCGGGGUGAUGGCUAUGGCGGGCUUCAAGUUUUUAAACAAAUGUUGUCGGAGGAAGCUGAACAAAACCCAUUUAGCUUUUCUAUUGCAGUUAGAGCUUGCGCUUCAGUUGGCUCUUAUACGUACGGCAAGCAAAUCCAUGCAGCCGUAACUAAACAUGGGUUUGAAUCCAAUAUUCCUGUAAUGAAUUCCAUAUUGGAUAUGUAUUGUAGGUGUGGUUGCUUUUGUGAAGCCAAACAGUAUUUUUAUAGUAUGCCGGGAAGAGAUCUAAUUACAUGGAAUACGUUAAUUGCUGGAUAUGAGAAAUUCAAUCCGGAUGAGUCCCUCUACUUAUUUUCAAAAAUGGAGUCUCAAGGUUUUAGUCCAAAUUGUUUCACAUUUACCAGUAUUAUUGCAGCCUGUGCUCAGUUAGCAGUUUUGAGUUGUGGACAACAGGUUCAUGGAGGGAUUGUCCAAAGAGGGCUUGUGGGCAACUUGGCAUUAUCAAAUUCCCUUAUAGACAUGUAUGCCAAGUGUGGAAACAUAAUAGAUUCACACAAAAUUUUUUGUGAAAUGUCGAGCAGAGAUUUAGUUUCUUGGACUUCCAUGAUGAUUGGGUAUGGGACCCAUGGAUAUGGAAAAGAGGCUGUUGAAUUGUUUGAUGAGAUGGUCAGAUCCAGUAUUAGACCUGAUCAAAUUGUAUUUAUGGCUGUUCUGAGUGCUUGUAGCCAUGCUGGUCUUCUAGAUGAAGGAUUAAGGUACUUCAAAUCAAUGGUUGGUGAUUAUAGUGUUGCUCCAAAUCAGGAGAUCUAUGGGUGCGUGGUGGAUUUGCUAGGACGUGCUGGUAAGGUCAAGGAGGCUUAUGAGCUUAUACUGAGUAUGCCCUCUAAGCCGGAUGAGUCUGUUUGGGGAGCAUUUCUUGGGGCUUGUAAAGCACAUGGGCUUCCAAAUUUUGGGAAAAUGGCUGCUCGGAGUUUGUUGGAUUUGAGGCCUAAUAUGUCGGGGACAUACGUGAUGCUGUCAAAUAUCUAUGCAGCCGAUGGUAGAUGGGGAGAUUUUGCGAAGAUGAGGAAGUUGAUGAGGGGAUUGGGGAACAAGAAAGAGGCUGGUAGAAGUUGGGUGGAGGUAAGAAAUCAAGUUUCUAGUUUCUUUGUUGGAGAUGAGGUAGGUUUGCACAUGGAGUGGGUAUAUGGCGUCCUUGAAAUGGUGAAUCAACAUAUGCAAGAAGCUGGAUAUGUUCCUGAUUUAGAUUGUUUGAUACAUGAUCUGGAAGAUGGAACAUAAAGUUGAUUAGUUAAAAAAUCCACAUGGAUUCAAGAAAUUUGAUUCAAUUUCUUAGAGAAACUUGAUUUGGAUGAUGGGGGAAGGGCAGAAGAAUUCAAUUUGUAGGGAAAUUAAUUUGUUGCUGAAAAGAGUUCUAAUAUUACUAGAUUUUCAAGUGAAAAGAAAGUAAUCAAGAUAGAGAAGUAAAUUGAGGCAUUGCAUAUAGGUUGGAGAAAGGACUCUUCUAACGGAUCUCUGAGAUUACAGAAGGAAAAUUGAAGUGCACACAUGGUGUGGAGAAAGGACACACCUAAUAGAUCACAGAGAUUGGGCAGAGGUCUCUGUUUAUAUUCUGUAAGUUCAGAAUACUUGUUUGUAUGUGAUUGUUUAGACGUUAUCAUUUCUAAUGCAAUUAACUUACAG